GCGCAACGUUUCCAACAAAAAUCCUCCUAUCAGUUCCAAUCUCUCGAGUCUCCACAUCAAAUUUCCCCAAUUUUCGCUCCUGAUUGUUCUCCAACUCGCCUUGUCUCCGAUCUGGGUCUGUACAGAGUCUUAACUCUGACCCGACCCAAUCACUAAUGGGAGAACCAAAGGCCACAACCGAUGGCGUUUCAACUCCCGGCGAAUCGUCGAGGAUAUCGCCGAAGCUCUUGACUGCCGGUGAUCGGAAAUUACUUAAGGUGGAACUCCGGCAAGGGGAGACGACGUAUGUUUCCUGGAAGAAGCUUAUGAAGGAGGCUAGCAAGGGCAAUGCCUCGUUCUCCUCCGCGCCCGACCCGCCUCCUAAUGCUAACCCUAAUCUCGAGUCUCGCCUUGCACCGGGACCACCAGCAGAAGGUGAAAACGUUGACCAACCUCAUUCUAAUCGUUUUAACGCUGUUAUAGAGAAGAUCGAGAGGCUCUACAUGGGGAGAGAUAGCAGUGAUGGGGAAGAGUUAGAUGGUGCUCCCGACGAUGACGAGUAUGACACUGAAGAUUCUUUUAUCGAUGACGUUGAAUUGGAUGAGUAUUUUGAAGUUGAUAAUUCGGCAAUUAAACAUGAUGGUUUUUUUGUCAAUAGAGGAAAGUUAGAACGGAUUGAACCGUCAACAACAACAACAACGAACCAGCAACCAAAGAAAAGGCAAAGGAAAGAGUCAGCAAAACCUUGCGGCGAUGUUGUUGAUGUAUCCAGAAAACAAGCCAAGAUGGCUAAGACGGCUGGGGGAAAGGAUCAAUCAGCUGCUUCUGGGCCCUCUUCGAAGAACAAGUUUAAUGAUUCAAAGACAGUGCAGGAUUCGAUUUCCCCUUUGAAAGCGCAAAGUGGCAAUGACUGCUUAUUAUUGGAAAAUGUGAAGCAUUCUGAUAAAGUGAAUCAUCAGCCAAGGAAUGCCUCAAGUCCGAAGGCAAAGGCAGUUGGAUCUUCUGGCGCCCUUCAUCUGAAGUGCAGCAACAAAAGUGCUCAUCAGCAAUCUAAUUCCCUGCCAGGAAAGUCUCGGCCGAAUGUUUUGGCAAAAUCAACAGUAGUCCGUCAGAAAGAAAACAAUGGCAUGCAUGACCUGGACAAUGCAACAGUAAGCAGACAAUCUAUUCAAACAACUAAAAAAGGCGGUUCUAAUGCCAGGCCUAAAACCUCGACACUUGACAAAGCCAUCAGGGAAUUGGAGAAAGUGGUCGCUGAAUCAAGGCCUCCUGCUGCCACUGAGAAUCAAGAUGCCGAUACCGCAUCCCAAGCAGUGAAGAGGAGAUUGCCAAGAGACGUAAAAUUGAAGCUUGCUAAAGUUGCUAGGAUUGCGCAGGCAAGCCAAGGUACUGUAUCGGGAGAGUUAAUAAAUCGUCUCAUGAGCAUUGUCGGUCAUCUCAUACAGGUUAGAUCGUUGAAGAGGAACUUGAAAAUCAUGAUUGAUUCCGGGGACACUGCAAAUCGAGAAAAAGAUACUAGAUUUCAACGGAUCAAGAACGAAGUUAUUGAGAUGAUAAAAAUAAAAGUUCCAUUGAUGGAAUCUCAGGCAACGAAUCAAGAAGCUGGAACAUCAGAUGAUUUUCAGGAUGUCGGAUCUGUUGAAAAGCCACCUAUGAAGAAGAAGUUUGUCAUGGAUGCGGCGCUGGAGGACAAAUUGUGUGAUCUAUAUGACAUCUUUGUUGAUGGAUUGGAUGAAGAUGCAGGUCCACAGAUCAGAAAGCUCUAUGCAAGCCUAGCGGAACUCUGGCCAAAUAAGUUAAUGGACAAUCAUGAGAUCAAGCGUGCCAUUUGCCGGGCAAAGGAAAGGCGGAGAGCAUUGUAUGGAAACCUUGGGAAGGAGAUGGAUCAAGCGAAGAUGACAAAGAGGAAACAGACACAGUUGGCAACAAAAUCAGAGAGUACUACUCAUCCCGACAAGGCUCCAGCUGUAGUAGAUAAAACGGGUACUGUGCCAAGCGCAACCACCACGUCCGUAGUCCACAGUCAAGCUAUAGCGGACUCUUCCCGUGACAAGUCAAAGCAGCAACAUGGGAAACUAAAGGGAAACUCAAGCUCUAGCAACCCUUCAGGAGAAGCAAAGACAGUCAGAAAAAAGACAGAACAGGGUGUAGAACACCAGCCCCCGGAGAAACAACUUGUCCUGGCUCUGAGGCAGCAAACCCAUCCACAUGCACCGCCGGACCUGAACCUGCCAAGUUAAGUACCCCCCGGCUUGGUUUUAGUUAAGGUUUUUCUAGUCAGUGUCUGGCCUCUUGCCUUGCCUUUGUCCUUUGUAGCUUUACUGUCGCUUCUAAUUUUGCGUCUAGUUAUGUUUUCUCUUAGUAUAUUUUCCUUAAUUAGACGACGAAGUCCUCUUUUCAUUGUACAAAAUAAAGAUUUAAAAGAGAAGCUCGGUUUUUCUUUGCA